AUCUUGCCAAUCACUUUUACCUUUUUUACCUGGAACUAUUUCUUUUUAGCCAUGUAAACUCAUUUGGAACCCUCUUCUACUGUCACUGGAUCUUUUAAAGCGCUGGGUUUGUGCUCAUAAGAGAGUUUUUAUAGACAAUCAGCAAUGAAUACUCGAGCUAAGCCUAAAGCACAAACCCAGGCCCAGCCAUCUCAACCUCUCAUCAGUGCUGAACAACUUGUUGAUCUGCUUCAAAACGAUGAACUUCUUACGAUAUUCCAAGGCGUUGUCAACAAGGUGAUCGACAAGAUACUGGCAGGAGUGAAGGAGCAACUUCUUGAAAGGAUUGAGCAGAAUGCUGGAACUAUUUUGGAUCUGCACUCUGCUGUCGAGCAGAAAAGGAAAGAGGUUGAUCAUCUCAAUGUUGAGCUGACUAAGCAGCAAGACACCAUCGGUCGCCUGGACGGGGAACUUGAGGAGCUGAAGCAGUACUCUAGGAGAAACAACAUCAGAGUUUUUGGUUCUCCUGAAAGUGCAGGUGAGAUCACCGAUGAUGUCGUGAUUGACAUCAUGGUAAAGCAACUAGGAGUCGAGCUUCGGUCUUCUGACAUCGACCGCUCGCAUCGUGUGGGCAAGCCAGGUGGACCGAAAGCGCGUCCAAUCAUCGUUAAGCUUACUUCCCACAAAAAAAAGAGAGAAAUCUUGAAGGAGAAAAAGAAACUUAAGAAAUCAAAAAUCUCAGUUCAUGAGGACCUUACCCGCUAUAGACACAGUUUGCUAAUUGCUACCCAGAAGAGCGAUAGAGUCACAACCUGCUGGACUAUGGAUGGGAAGGUAUUUGCGAAUGUUCCAUCCACUCAUGGUGAGUCUGUAAGACGACUUAUCCCAAACAUUGACUUUCUAAACACUCUCCCGAAACUUGUGUGGUAGUUCUCUUUCCUCACUUGCCAGUAAUAUGUUUAUUUUUUUCACUGAUUAUGAUAGUGUCAAGAUUCAUGACAGCGACAUUUCACUUGCUGUAUUUUUCAUACUGAUUUAUAUUUGUUAUUGUGUACAUAGUUGUAUGAAUCUAAUGUAUCCUAGUCUUUGUCAAUGAGACUUUAUUUUUUAUUAACUUAAGUAAAAUAUUUUAAUCUUUUUUAUAAAGACCUUUUUAUAAUUCCUUGGCUGUGUGUAAUUUUUGUAAUUUUUUGUAAUUUUUUUCGUUGUUCUGCCUCUUAGCUGUUGAAGAUACUGUGGGGUGUUGUUUAUUAUUGUUGUAGUAGUGGUACAUGUAUCAAUCUUGUAUGCCAUAACCUAUUCUUGUGGUUGGUACAUUUUUUAACCAUUAUUUAUAUAGCUGUAAUAUACAUGUAUAGUGGGUGGUACUUUCUCUAAUGCCUUUAUCUGAUUUCUGCAAAGAGGAUAGUACACCAUACCUUCUAGAAGAUCAAUUCAAUGAGUUUAUGAAUGAAGUUGACUCAAAGACUUCAUUAUCAUUUAUACAUUUUAACUGUCGUAGCCUAAGGAAGAAUUAUGAAAAUAUAUUUGAUUAUAUAACUUCUCUGUCAGUCACAUUUGAUGUGAUAGGUCUAACUGAAACUUGGAUAAAUCAGGAUGAAAAUUUUUCAUUAUUUGUUCCUCCAAAUUAUUCUUAUGUAAACUGUGGCAGAGUUGAAGGUCGUGGAGGAGGUGUAGGAAUUCUGAUACACGAUAAUUUAAAAUAUUUUCAUCGUUCUGAUCUUACUGUGGUAAACAAACAAUAUGAGAUGAUCUUUAUUGAAAUUCCAAGAGAGAGUGACAAAAAUAUUUUAAUCGGAGCUAUGUAUAGACCGCCUAAUCAAUCGGUUGGAAUGUUCAUCAAUGAUAUCUAUACAGUGUUAUCCAACCUCCAAAAA